AAUGUCAUCUUCUUCCUCCCCACGACACAAGAAAAUCCUUCCCCAAGAUAGCCCCUUUCCUAAUCAAAUCCUUGCUGAUUCGCUCCAUUCCUUACCCCUCGCACACGCCCGCCUCCCUAUAGAUAAUGCCCCCUCCUCCUCAUCCGAUUUUCGCAAAAAUCACGGUCUCCCGAGCCCGUUUCGGCCUGAUCCAAUCUCGCCGGAGUGCGCCGCCGCACGGAGCUUUCACGAGUUGAAUUCCGCCAUUACUAGAGACGCGCACGGUAACGAAGCUACAACUCCUUCCACAUCUCGCCGGACUUUGCCUCGCUCCAGCCGAUCGCCCUCGUCACCACCGCGAGCACUAGAAGCCGCAGACACUACCAUCGCCAUCGCCGAGAUGCGCCGGACCUCGUCGUGUUCCGCCCCGACUCCACGCCUCGCUGGAGGACCACCGAAGGGCCGCCACCAUCAAAGGUCAAACCGCUCGAGCUCUUGGCUCCGUGGCAGGGGCACCCUGCCCGACCCCGCCACCCAGCGCCGCCUCACGCCACACUGGAGCAGCCGCCCCUCCCUACCUCACCGCCGACGCCGGGGAUCGCCAGAUGCCGCCACCUCACCGGCGCCCUCCGCCUCUGUCAACCACCAACUCCCGCCUUUGCAGGAUGUGCCUGGAUUGCUUGCUGGUUUGGUCUGGUUCUUGUGUUCGUGAGCUAGGAUAAACAUUCCAGCCAGAGUCCCUAUGGAUUGGAGUCCAUCAUUGUCAUUCAUUGUUCCACUGCCAAUAGUUCUUCCGCUGCUAGUAGAGGUUCCGCUGCCUCGAGUUGUUAUGCUGCUUGCAUAGAGCAACUAUGGUUGCCGUAGUGUCGCUGUGCCGCUGUUAUUCAUUGUAAUAUCGGAGAUAUUCAUGCUAUAAUAGAAAGCUGGUUUGUUCUAUGCUAA